CAGUCUCUGCACCCACGUGACGCCUCACUCGCUCAAGACCCCACACAGAUCUUCCGUAUCCAUAAGUGGGCCCUUUCUUCUCUCCCAACCCAGAAUGGUCCCACUUUAGCCACUUCAUGAUCCCCUCCUCUCCCACACGUGUAUCCGAACCCAAUCACGUGAUUUCCACGUGUUCUCCCGUCCCCGUUCUUGUCCUAUAAAUCGACAACAUACCAGGCACGAGAGGGUAAAGCCCUGCAACACAUUUGUCAGACACACGCACGCACACUCUCUCUCUCUCUGUAGAGAGAUUUCUUUGGUUUACAGAUCGGGCAAAGGAAGAAAAAGAGAACCUCUCUAUUAUUGCUACUGUUUCUUCAUUUUCUCCAAUUUAUUGAAAUUUGAUUCCUCUGCUACACCUCUUCACAUACACAUAUGUAUAUAUGUGUAUCUGCAGAGGCAUGUGUGUACGUUAUAUGUGCAACUGCAACGUGAGAAAAGGCCAAGUGGGAGAGAUUAAGGAGCAGCGAAUCUUUGUUCAUGCUUGCUAAGGCUUACCAAAUCUUUAAAGCGCAAUCCGGCUUACGUUAGCUCCCACAAGAUUUUGUUAUCAUCCUCCUCCUCCUACUACUCUUCUUUGCUCAACUCCGCCGCCUCCCAAUUCUCUCUGCCGGUGUGCGCAUUUUUUCUUAUCCUUCACUGCCUUUUCUCUCUUAUAAAACGCUAAUUGAUUAAGCAGCAGAAGAAAAACAAAGACGCAUUAAAAAUGGCAAUUAAUAAGCUUCUUUUGACAUUUGCUAUCUGUCGGUUGAUUGUAACAGUAGGGUUGACCGUGGACCCUGCGGAGCUUCUCCGGCUUGGAGUCGACGGUCAACUCAGUGUUGACCCGUCAGACGUGGAAAUCGCGUCUCUUGAUUUCGGCUUGCUUAGCAGAGCCGAGCCGAUGGCCGUAUUGCGUCCGGCUUCUGCAGAAGACAUAGCACGGCUUGUUCGCGCCGCUUAUAAUUCGGCUGGUGGGUUUACGGUGUCUGCUAGAGGUCAUGGGCAUUCCAUAAAUGGGCAGGCACAGACGAGUAGUGGAGUAGUGAUUGAGAUGAGCCGCCGCUCUGGAGGAGGUCAGCUCGGUGGCUUGGGGAAUCCCAAUCCCCCUCAGGUUUCAGUGAAGGAGAUGCAUGCGGACGUGUGGGGAGGUGAGCUAUGGAUAGAUGUAUUGAGGAGUACACUAGAGUAUGGACUAGCACCAAAAUCAUGGACAGAUUACUUGUACCUCUCAGUGGGUGGUACCUUAUCAAAUGCAGGGAUAAGUGGGCAAGCUUUCAAUCAUGGUCCUCAAAUUAGCAAUGUUCAUGAGCUCGACGUCGUUACAGGUAAGGGUGAAAUCUUGACAUGCUCGGAAGAAGAAAACUCAAAGCUGUUUCAUGCCGUCCUUGGUGGUUUGGGUCAGUUUGGCAUCAUCACUAGGGCUAGAAUUUCUCUUGAACCAGCUCCCCAUAGGGUGAGGUGGAUCAGAGUACUCUACUCCAGCUUUUCGUCUUUUACCAGAGACCAAGAGUAUCUCAUUUCCCUGUAUGGAAACCCACCUAGUCAAAAAUUCGAUUAUGUUGAGGGUUUUGUUAUUGUAGAUGAAGGUCUCAUUAAUAAUUGGAGAUCCUCUUUCUUUUCCCCUCGAAACCCAGUUAAGAUUAGCUCUAUUGGUUCUAAUGGUGGUGUGCUUUACUGCUUGGAAAUCACCAAGAAUUACUAUCAAUCCACUGUCGAUACCAUUGAUCAGGAAGUAGAGUAUCUGUUAAAGAAGCUGAAUUAUAUUCCAUCAUCAGUGUUCACGACGGAUCUGCCUUACGUGGAUUUCUUGGAUAGAGUCCACAAGGCCGAGUUGAAGCUUAGGUCUAAGGGUUUGUGGGACGUGCCUCACCCUUGGCUCAAUCUCUUUGUCCCCAAAUCAAGGAUUGCUGAUUUUGAUAAGGGAGUCUUCAAGGGGAUUUUGGGCAAUAAAACAAGUGGACCCAUUCUUAUUUACCCCAUGAACAGAAACAAGUGGGACCAGAGGAGCUCAGUGGUGACACCCGAUGAGGACGUGUUUUAUUUGGUGGCGUUGCUAAGAUCAGCUCUAGAUAAUGGAGAGGAGACCCAGACAUUGGAGUACCUGAGCAAUCAGAAUCGUCAGAUCCUCAGAUUUUGUGAUGAUGCAGGGAUCAAGGUGAAGCAAUAUUUGCCUCACUACACCACGCAGCAAGAAUGGAUGGACCACUUUGGGGAUAAGUGGUCCCAGUUUUACCAGAAGAAGAUGGAAUUUGAUCCCCAGCGCAUUUUAGCAACUGGCCAACGUAUAUUCAUGCCCUCCUUUCUUGCUUCUUCUUCUCCUUCUUCUUCUGGUAGCGUGGCCCCGUGGUGAUGAGUUGAUGACACACAACAGAUUUUUUACUCACAGUACACCACAUAAUCGCAUAUAGUGACUUAGAAUAUUCUUGUACAUGAUGGCAAAAUGGGAACUCGAAAUAGUUAAAUGUUUUGAAGCAGCAAAUACCAAUAAUGAUAUUUUAAAGAUUUAUUAGGAGAAAAUGGGAAGGGUCUUUCUUUUACAGUGGGGCGAGGCUGUGGAUGUGGAGGAGUCGUUUCUUGCAUGGGUGAAAUUAAAAUUAGACGGCGGAGGAGAGAGGGAACGGGGCCAGAGAUUAUGAGGAACACAUGUUAUGUCACGUUGUUGACUGCAGCGAACCCCGUGAUCCCGACCCUUUCUCUGCACUGCAGCUUCUUAAAGCACAGCUCACACUUUACUGGUUCCAGUUCCAUCCAGCCCUGCUUCAGUGUUUUACUGUUUCUAACCCUUUUGGCUGUCUAGCUAGUUCAACCACAAUGUAAUCUGCUUACACUUGUACUAUCAUUUUGUCAUCUUAAGAAAUUAGCAAUUAUUAUUACAA